CUCGUACUGCAAGCACGCUCUACUUCCUCUUCGAUUCGCUCUCGAGGGGUUGAUCUGGAGGGGACGGGUGCACCGUCCUCUGCCGCUGCUGGAAGAUCGAUGAAGGCGGGAAACUGGCGCGAAGAUUGGCGGGAAGAUUGGCGGGAAGAUUGCCUACCUCGUGCAGGGCGAGUGGAGACGUGGAUGACAGCAACAGGCCCAGAGCGGCAUCGUGUGUACAAUUCCGCUGUAGGGAACAUUAGCAGCGCGAGGAUGGGGAGGAGAACGUGGACUCGGAGGAGGAGCAGCAGCAGCAGCAGCAGCAGCAGCCCUUCUCCUCGGACCUGUUGGGUUGCCUCCUUGGUGGUGCGCCAACGUAGAUCGGGCGUCUUGGCGACGAUCGCGAUGGUCACCGCUAUGGCGAUCUUGCUCUUCGGUGGCAGCAGCAACAGCGGCCACGUGUCGUUCGUCUCGGCUGAACCCAUCGGUCCGCCAGAUUUCUUCAAUUGCAACCCGGAAUCCACUUGCUGCCUGCCAGUCCCUUCCUCCCCUCCCACACCUUUCGUCACCAACUCUUCCGCCCCUCUCCGCACACGUCGCGCAAUCCACAACGUUCUACAGGAUGCCACCUACCUUAGCAAACUCGACGCUGCAUACGCCAGGCUCCGCGAAUUAGAAAGCCAGAGUCCCAACGACCCUCGAGGACUUUUCCAGCAGCGCAAUCUCCACUGCGUCUUCUGCUCUCGACCACCCGGCUAUGGCGCACCCUUCAGCAUGCACAACAACUGGUUCUUCCUCCCCUGGCACCGAAUGCUCCUCUACUUCCACGAACGCAUCCUUGCCUGGGCCGCGGGCGACCCUUCUUUGGCCCUUCCCUUUUGGAACUGGGACGACGAUGCUCCUGCUCAGAGGGCCCUCCCCGCUGCCUAUGGGAACCGCUCCUCCGCUCUGUACACCGUCAAUCGCCGAGGAGGGAGGGAUAUCGCACGGAUGCUGCAAGCGGACCUGACUACAGAGCAGCUCUUCAGAGAAAUCGGCAACGUAUCCGAUUGGAGGAUGGUGAUGGGGAGCGCGACACGUGGCGGCGCGUUGGAAGAUUAUCCGCACGGCUUAGUACACAAUGCCGUCGGGAGCGCCAUGUCGCCGUUUCGCGAAAUGGGUAAUCUAGCUUGGGCGGGUUACGACCCGGUGUUUUAUGCACACCAUGCUAACGUGGACAGGAUGUGGUCGGUGUGGCGGGGUUUGCCCGGGAGAGAAGAUCCGGCGGCAGUGGACUUCGUCAACUCCGCGUUUGCCUUCUACGACGAGAACGCCAUGGUCAAGACCAUGACGGUCUCGACGGUCCUCGAUCCCGCGACCAAUCUGCGGGUCGUCUACGAGGAUGUCACCGACUCGUGGACGCGUCCCAGUCGGGCGGACCGCGCCGCAGUUGCGCCAGCUCCUCCCGGAGGCAAGCCGCUGGCGGCACCUCAGACUUCUCGUGCCCCGGUGGUCGUUGAGGACCGGAACGUGGUUGUCGCGUUCGCGCAGUCUCCCGACGCCACUCCCGACCCUGGGGCAGUGCCGGAGCUGACCCUUCGCGACGUUCUACACGACCGUCCCGACCCCUUGGCGCUAUACGUGUUCAUCAACGACCCUGACGCUGACCUUGACACUCCUAGGGCGGGCAAUCCCAACUUCGUUGGCGCGCGGUACCUCGUGGCCGGAGGAAUGACCAUGCCCGUCUCCUUCACUCUGCCAAUCAGUCUAACUCUCGGAGCGCUCAAUCUGACUCUGGGCAGCAAUUUCACCGUCCAGGUGGUCCAAGGCGUGGAUAUCGGACUGCCCCUCCGUCAGCUGUCUAUCCAGUCCAUAGAUUACGUGCAUCAGCCAGGCGUGUAGAGGAACGCGGGGACGCAGCCAUCCGGGUGGCAUGUUCCAUAUUGUAGACAGCAGGCCUGGCAAAAGUCUGGUUGGGCUUUUUUUUUUUUUUUUUUUUUCCUACCUUCCUACCACUACUCCUAAGACUACAUAGAGGGGGGGCAACUGGGUGUAGCUCAGUUGGUAAGGCGUUCAAGCGGCACUCAGGAGGUCGUGGGGUCAACUCCCAUGGCCCCCACGAUAGUGCCUGUGGCAUGCUUGGCGUCUUACCUUCGAGACGGUCAGUUAGUAAGCAAGUAGGUGGUAGCUCAGUGGGCAGAGCUCCGGUGUUGCAACGGGGAGGUUGUGGGUUCGACUUUGUCGGCCCACAACUUCCCCUGAGCACAAUUGGUUGGUGUAGGUUGCACCCCACGUACUUGUCCCGAGCCUGGCAUAGCGCCCUUACAGACU